AGACUUUGCUGUCUGCCCCGUCAUGCACAGGCACUCAUUUCGCAUUUCGACUUGUCGUCGGAUCACGUCAUCUCUCUGGACAUCGUCAGCGCCGUCUCGCCGUCAAAGCAGCAGCAGCCGCGCCAACAUGUCUUCUGUCAACUACCACGUAGUGGGGUGGAAACAAUGCCCGUACUACGUCAAGGCGGCAAGCGUCGCGUCGUCGAUGCAGCAUUUGUUUCCGUCGCAAGUCAAGGCCACGAUCCAUGAACAUCCGAACAAGGAGUCGUUUGUGAACUGGCUGAACGAAUCGCAAACGGAGUUUGCCCACCAAUUCGACAACGACGCGCGCCCGUUGAAGCACAAGUCGUCGCCGUUUUGCUACUUGGAACAGGACGAUACCCCUAAGUUUGUCGGUGGGUGCGACGACACCCUCGCGUUCUUCCGCGCUCGCACGCAAAGUGCCCCGUCUGCUCCCGCCUCAUCUGCGUCGAUCCAUGCGAACGACACGUCGGAUGCCGACGUCAAGUACGACUGGGACUUGGUCGUGAUCGGCGGCGGGUCUGGCGGUCUCGCGUGCUCGAAGGAAGCAUCCAAGCUCGGCCAGAAGGUGCUCGUGCUGGACUACGUCAAGCCUUCCCCUGUCGGGUCGACGUGGGGCCUUGGCGGGACCUGCGUGAACGUCGGGUGCAUCCCGAAAAAGCUGAUGCACCAGAGCUCCAUCAUUGGCGAAAUUCUGCACAAAGAUGCCGACCAAUUUGGCUGGAGCGUGUCGAACGCGACGUUUGAUUGGUCAAAAUUAGUGUCAUCUGUUCAAGACUACAUUCACGGGUUGAACUUCAAGUACCGCGUGGAUUUGCGCGACAAGAAGGUCAAGUAUGAAAACAUGCUGGGGACGUUCAAGGACGCGCACACGUUGACCUUGACCAACGACGCCAAGAAGAAGGGCCCUACGGACGUGACGUUUCGCCGCGCCGUGAUCGCCGUGGGCGGCCGCCCCAAGCCAUUGAGCUGCCCGGGAUGGGAGCAUGCGCUGUCGAGCGACGAUAUCUUCUCCAAGCCAGACGCUCCGGGCAAGACGUUGGUCGUGGGGGCGUCGUACGUGGCGUUGGAGUGCGCGGGGUUCUUGAAGGGCCAAGGGUUUGACGUCACCAUCAUGGUGCGUUCCAUCUUACUGCGCGGGUUUGACCAAGACAUUGCGCGCCGCAUCGGCGAGUACAUGGAGUCGGAGAGCGGCAUCGCGUUCAUCAAGGAGUCGGUGCCCACGUCCAUCGUAAAGCUCGAAAACGGGCAGUUCCAGGUCACGCACACCACAGGCCAAGACGUGUACGACACGAUUCUCAACGCCACGGGUCGAUCUCCAGACGUGCAAAAGCUCAACUUGGACGCGGCGGGCGUGGCCUUGAACCCCAAGUCUGGCCGCAUCCACGUAGUUAACGAGCAGACGUCCACGCCCAACAUUUACGCGCUGGGGGACGUGAUCGACGCGCCGGAACUCACGCCCGUGGCCAUCCAGGCGGGCAAGCUGCUGUCCCGUCGGCUGUUUGGCAACGGCACGACGCUGAUGGACUACACCAAGAUCUGCACGGCCGUGUUUACGCCGGUCGAGUACGGGUGCUGUGGGUUGUCGGAGGAGGAUGCGAUUGCAAGCGCCGGCCGGGAAAACGUCGAGGUGUACCACCAGAACUUUACGCCGCUCGAGUGGAGCUUGUCGCAUGAUCGUCCGCUGGCCAAGGAGUGCUACGCCAAGCUGAUUGUCGACACGACGCAGCAGAAGCGCGUACUUGGGUUCCAUUACUUGGGCCCGAAUGCCGGCGAAGUCACGCAGGCGAUUGGGAUUGCGAUCAAGCUCAACGCCACGUACGACGACUUUAUCAACACUGUGGGUAUCCACCCUACGACGGCCGAGAUCUUUACGACGCUGGAAAUCACCAAGGAAAGCGGGGUCGACGCGUCGGCGUCGGGCUGCUGAGGCUAAGCCCCUUCUUUGCCGCUGCCUGUUGAGAUGAUGAUAUGCGGAUCGACAGGCAGCGGAAGAAGGGAGAGGAAGCCCCUCGUGUGCGUACAAAUGGUGUGGAAAGCUGCUGCUGUUGUGUGGAGCGGGAAAUAGAUGAAGCGGGGACAACAUGCUUUGAUGGACCUGGCGACGGAGAAAUCCCGUGACGUGGCAAGUUGUGGUCGCAUGACGUUUGCUUUUGGAAGCCCUCACUCGGGGUGAAAGCAAACCGACAGACGACAACGCGGCAUAGUCGGGAGCUGCACUGAGUAACUAGUUGGUGCAGCUCAUGUGGCUGGCUGCCGGAAGGAGUUGAAGCACACUGUAUAAGUUGAAUAAUGAACAAGUGAUUUUGACUUUUCA